CUUGGGAGUAGUGGAUUACUACUUUAUAAGAUUGUAAACAAAUACAACAAGAAUGGUGAAACAAUAUUAUUAAAAUGGAAUGUAAUAUAUUUUCUAAACAAUGAGUGCACCAAGUGGAUGUGUAAGCUGCAGUGAUGGAUCACAACAGUUUGAAGGCAGACAGGAUGUGGAAUGUUCAGAAGGUGAAGACAUUCAAAUUCGCUUGGCACCCCAUGUGCAGGCAUAUUUGGCGCAUAACAAUUCCACCACCAAUUGUUGUGGACUUGCUAUACCUAUUGCCUUUGAGCGGGCAGCACCAGGAACAUGGUGGAACCCCAGAUUUGAUUCUGAGAUACUCGAAGGCCAAUACCGAAGUAGUUCCUUUAGGCAAAUAAGAUUGAGAUUCAGAUUUGCACUUUUAUACAUUUUGAUAUUUUCUAUAUCAUGGUUUGUCUACUUUGUGGGCCUUGGCUUGAAUGGCGUAACAGUCAAAUGGCCAUUUCUAUGUUCAAUGUUUGCUGGGGUCCUCUUGAUAACAUCUGUCAUGUUAUUUGUUACUUUUACAAAAAUUUAUAGGGUGUAUACAUUUAAGCUAUCCCUGGUCAUGGCACUCGCUCUGUGUACACUAAGCCUCUCAUUAGUGACUCUGACCACACAGCUCGAAGUAGAUUCCACUCAAGCUGCCGAUAUUAGUCAGUCGGGACAUUUCACUAUGUGUAUUGAAAUUCUUCUGAUUAUAUAUACACUGACACCAUUGCCGUUGUAUGCUUGUGUUAUUAUUGGACUUUUAUAUUCUAUUGUGUUUGAAGUUUUAAAUAUAUUCCUGCAUUUGACUGAACAGCAAUGGCAAAGUCCUGGAAUGUUUGUCAGAAUUUUACUUCAACUCUGUGUGCACAUAAUUGGUGUCCAUAUUUAUCUUAUGACAUUUGUCAGAAUGCGUGGCACAUUUAUGAAAGUAGGGCAAAGUUUGUUGGUAAGAAGGCAGCUAGAAAUGGAAAAACAAUUAAAAGAGAAGAUGAUACAUUCAGUCAUGCCGCCGAAACUUGCUAGUUGGCUGAUGGAAGAGCAAGUACUGGAAUCGGAUACUAAUUUAAAAAGCAAUGAUCCACUAAACCCUAGAAAUUCAAAUCCAGGCGCAUCAGAUAUUAAAUCUCUAUUUAGACCAUUCAAUAUGAGUUCAAUGGACAAUGUUAGUAUUUUAUUUGCUGACAUUGUUGGCUUCACAAAGAUGUCCAGCAACAAAGGCGCUGAGGAACUAGUGAAUAUUUUAAAUGAUUUAUUUGAAAAAUUUGAUGAACUCUGUCAGAAGCAUGGAUGUGAGAAAAUAUCAACUUUAGGCGAUUGUUAUUACUGUGUAUCUGGUUGCCCUGAACCUAGACCCGACCAUGCUACUUGCUGUGUUGAGAUGGGAUUAGGAAUGAUAGAAGCUAUACAAGAAUUUGACAGAGAGCGAGGUGAAGGAAUUAAUAUGAGAGUGGGCGUUCAUACUGGCACUGUACUGUGCGGUAUUGUGGGUACCCGCAGAUUUAAAUUUGACGUAUGGAGCAAUGAUGUAACUUUUGCCAAUAAAAUGGAAUCCACUGGGAGACCGGGGCGCGUACAUAUAUCGGAGGAAACAAGCAAGUUCCUUGGAGGUUGUUAUGUUUUAGAAGAGGGCGAAGAAGUGUUUGGUCAUAAAACAUACUUCAUAGAAGGCCGGCAACUGUAUUCUCCAUAUGACUGUGACCACUGCCUUACACCUUCCAAUCCUGUUAAUUUACGACUCAUUAUAUCUCCUGCAGCUUCUCCACAAUCAGUCCUCUCCUUCAAUAAUUCCCCUAAUCCUCAUGCUUCAAGAGAACUACAUUUGAGGGAAAGAAAAGAUAGUCCACGAAGAGCAGACUCUAACAACUUUUUGUCACCAAAUCCAUUCAAUUUCCGUGCUAAGGCUAGUUCUCUGCCUAGCAUAUUGGAUUCAGAGGCGGAGUUAGAAGAGAAACGCGAGAAGGGGUACAUUGACAGAAAUGAUAGCUCUUCUAAAAGUCCGACGUCUGUUGGAAGUUACGGAAAAUAUACAAAUAAAUUAAAAAACUGGAAAGUACCCAGGUUUCUGCGAAAACAUUCGGAUACACCUUUGCAUGAGAUAAAGAAAGAAUUGAACGAGAAAGCUCUACAUCUCUUGGAGUCUGACGGUGCUGGCCUACAGUCAAAUAACGGUUAUCAGCAAGUGCCCAUAGUGAUAGAAUCUCAAGACAAUAAGUGUACUAGACCUGUACAGAGUAGUAGUAAGCUAAACGUACAUCCGAGUCGAGAUAUGGUAUCGUUUGAAAAGGAAAUUAUCGAUAUACGAUCGUAUCUGAGUCAAUCACGAAGUAAUAUGUCUCCAUUUGCAAGAAGUAGCAGUUAUAGGUCCCAAUAUGGAAGAUCUAAUAAUAUAGAGGUUCCUGUAAGCCGCGCUCGUAGCUCCACAAUUACAGCACAGGGUGAAGUGGUUCGGCCUAAAGACCGGCGAUUGAAUCUACCUCUUCCACCGGCGCAACCGCGACCUCAAGAUGAUGCCGUUAGUCUUUGUCCCUCGGUGAACAGCAGGAAGGACUCCGGCAUUAGGAGUACUAGUCGCCGGUCUAGUAUACAGCAGCAGAUUUUUGCAUUGAAUCAUGCCGCAAUCGCUACUUCUCAAGCUGAUAUGAUGGCGCAUCGUGUAUCCGGCUACUACACCUCCAGUCAGUCGUCACUCAAUGAAAUUUCAUCGAGAUGUCGCCUGCCACCGCCGCUCAACGAGCAACAAGUACAAUCUCUACAGAAACUACGGAAGCAAUCUGAUUUACAGUUGAUUCGCUGCGUGCAAGACAACGCGAGGUCAGGAAUCAAUUACUUUGUACAACCCCCACUAAAUAGAUUCACUUUGUUUUUCAAAGCGAGUGAUAUGGAGAAACAUUAUAGGGACAAAGCGCACAGAAGCGAUGACUGUGAGGACUUUCCACCAACCCUAACAACUUCAAGAUUCAACACAGCUUUAGAUAUUUUAGUUUCUGCCAUUAUUUUUUUAGCUGUGACAACUUCCGUAUUUAUAUUGUACAGAGAAUGGAGGUAUUCUAUUAUCUCCUUCGAGUUCUUGGUUCUGAUCGAAGUUUUAGCCAUGUCAUUGUGUGUUUAUAGGCACUAUCUUAAAUGGAAAACUAAGACAAAUCCUCUUCAAAUGACAAGUACUAUGAAACGUUUCGUGACAAUAUUUAGAAAGUGCUCUAAUUGGUAUCCUUGGCAUUUGUGUGGCAGUUUGCUAAUUAGUUUGCCAAUUUUAGCUGUUCUUACAAACUUCUCUUGCGUAAAUUCCACAAUGGUGAUUUUAAAAGGCGAACAGUCAUUCUAUGUCUACCUUUUAUGCGUAAGUAUUGUACAUUUUGUUAAUUUUACUCAAAUGUGCUGGCUCGUGAAAAAUACACUGGUGACGUUGUAUGCUGCACUAUUCCUUUUUCUCGCUUUGCUCGGUUGUCGCGAAGCAAAUACUCAAACUAUAAAUCGUAACAUUAUAAAUCCGCAAUUAUUAGCUCAUAAUUUUACGUCAGAAUUUCUAGAUAAUAUAACAAAUGUGAAUGAUUUAUUAGAAAAUGUAAAUGGUACCCGUGCAGAGGAGGCAGUGUAUCACAUGUUGCAUUUGACAGAACUUUACAUAGAUGUGGCACUACUGUUAAUGUUAGUGUGGUUUCUGAACAGAGAGUUCGAGAUAAGUUAUAGGUUAAGCUUCUAUAGCAAUGUCGUCGCUAAUCGGGAUAAGCAGAGAGUUCAGAACAUGAGAAACCAGGCCGAUUGGUUAUUACAUAAUAUUAUACCUAGGCAUGUGGCUGAUCAAUUAAAAAAUACAGCUAAAUAUUCGGAAAAUCACAAAGAUGUAGGUAUUAUCUUUGCCAGUAUAGUUAAUUUCAACGAAAUGUAUGACGAAUCUUAUUUGAAAGGGAAGGAGUAUUUAAGGGUACUAAAUGAGUUGAUAGCUGAUUUUGAUGAAUUACUAGAGAGGCCCGAAUUUCAGCACGUCGAAAAAAUUAAAACUAUAGGUAGCACUUUCAUGGCUGCUAGCGGGCUUAACCCUGAUCUAAGACAUGCGUCUCGCGAUACGAAUGAACAUUUAUAUCAGUUGAUGGACUUUGCUUUGGAGAUGCAAAAAGUGGUAGAUAAUUUUAAUCAGGACCUUCUCGAAUUCGAUUUUAUAUUGAGAAUCGGGUACAAUUUUGGCGAUGUAACAGCGGGUGUGAUAGGAACUACUAAAUUAUAUUAUGAUAUAUGGGGCGAUGCUGUCAACAUUGCUUCCAGAAUGGAUUCCACUGGUGUGAUUAAACGAAUUCAGGUCGGAGCGGCCUGUAUACCAGUUCUGUCCAAUAUGUACGAAUUUGAGCCGCGUGGUAGUGUCUAUGUCAAAGGCAAAGACAACAUGAAUGUAUAUCUUGUAGUAUGCAAAAAGGACCCUAGUUAAAUUUUUUAAAUAAUAUUGAACGUAGAAUCUGUGAUUUAAUUAAUAUAUUCUAUAUAUUGAUAAUGUUUAAAUAUGAGAAUUCCUUAUUUAUUGUGUGCAGUGAUAUAUGUAAAACUGUAUAAGCCACAGAAAUACUCUCGAGUCCUGUAAUUUAUUAUUAUUUAGUUUAAGUUUCUGCAUAGAUGCAGUAUGUGUUAUGUGUGUGAUUAUGGUAUUUUAUUAAAAUAUGAUUGUAUUUAUUGUAUAAUUAUAUAUAAAGUGCUAAAAAUACUUGCCUAUAGUGGUAAAGAAUGAAAAAUCUGUGACCAGAAUUCUAGUCCCAAAAGAAAUGUUCCGUGGGGUGGUCCUCUUUAUUGUACAAAGAUGGGAUAUCCACGAUCUUUGUGCAUAGAGAUUAGAUCAUUUAAUCUACAAAUAGUAGGAGAGCGAAGUACUAUGUUUACUUAAUACUUCACAGGAAAUAUAAUAAUAGAAAAUUUAAACAAUGGAUCGUCCCCGUUUUAUAUUGUUCGUUUCGAGUAGGUAUAUCUACUUUGUUAUAAUAGACAAUAUUUGUGUUUUGUAAAUAAAAUAUUAUACUAGAAAAUACCCAAAUCGGGCGAUAGUAAAUAUUGUUUUAUAUUUGAUUGUAUUAGAAUGCCAUUAUAUUAAACGAAAUAAAUGGUACUAAUAGUAUGUAGUAAGUAGAGUGAACUUAAUAUUUAUAUAAUACAUACAAUGUGUUGUAUUUGUAUAUUUGAAAACUAAGACCCUUAAUGUUCGUGUGAAACUGAAUUGCAGUUGUUCAUAUUAGAGGUGCGUAGUUUAACAAUGUAUGAAAAUAUAAUUCUAUUUUAAAUAUAACUAGGCCUUUGGUGUUUAAAAGAAAAAAAAUAU